AUGCUCUCACCUCCAUUCUAGCUGGCAGGGCUCGGGUUCCUUAAUGGCCAAUGUAUAUUUUAUCAUUACAGCAUGAAAUAAAGAUACACUGGAUGCUGUAGCUGCCCCAUCACAGCCUAUUUUUUUUCUCACCCUCUCUCUCCCUCUGUUACUCUCAUGAUUUAAUCCUGACCAUUUCCCCCUUCUCUCUCUAUCCCUGCUGACUCCUCCCUCCAUUUCUGUCCUGCACUCCCUCUCUCUGCCUCUCUGUCUCUGACACACUCACACACACGCACACAUAUAUACACGCCCUCCACCCCCAUCGCUGCAGUGUCUCAACUGCCUUGGAGCAAACAAGAGAGGAUAUAGAACACAGACGUUAAUAAGACAGAGAACGCUGGGUGCUGGAAGAGAGACAGAGAUGUACGUGAGUGUGUGUGUGACUGUGAAUAUGAGGAAGAAAUGAAGAUGAAGCAGCAGGACUAAAGGUGGAUUGCACACAGCCUUUCUCUCCCUGCAAGGGCUUGUCUGCAGUAUCCUUUGUAAAUGGAUGCUGGCUUGUGAGCACGACUCAGAGGAUAUCACACCACAGAAGAAACAGAGACGAUUUUACCAGGAAGAUCAAAGAAAACAGACCAAAUAUUGAGCUGAGGUGGAUAGUUGCAGAAGCAGCACAAGGGCAACGCACCACAAGAGCCAUGUGGGAGGGGAAUGAGGGAGUUUUGCUGUUCACACGCAUCAAGUCCAAACGCUUUCUCUACUGACACACGCUGAACAUUCCCAAGCCUUCCUGCAGAGCUUUUCCUCAGGGGGAGCCCCUGCUAUGAACCCCAGCUCCCUUGGCUUCAGUAGGCAGUCCAACCUCAGUGCCAGGCGCUGUGUGGGCAUCCCACAAGUCUGGGUUCUGCCCACACAGGACUCACAGACUGCACCUGAACAAAAAGAAUGAAAUACUCCUGAGUCACUCCUCUGUGUGGUGGCUCUCCUGUCUCUCGGGAAGUUUUAUCUGCCUCUCCCCAAGCAAUUCGCGACCUUUAGUGAAAACCCCGUCCAACUCCUCCAACGACUCCUUUUUAGUCACCGCUUCGUUCUAAUUUGCUUUCACAUCAAGCAGCAGCACGAGUUCCUUUGCGCUCACCACGUGGUGGAGGACCAUGGGAUGCCGUCAGAGCUCGGAGGAGAAGGAAGCGGCGCGGCGCUCGCGGCGAAUCGACCGCCACUUGCGGUCUGAGAGUCAGCGACAGCGGCGUGAGAUCAAGCUAUUGUUGCUAGGCACCAGUAACUCGGGCAAGAGCACCAUUGUCAAACAGAUGAAGAUCAUCCACAGUGGAGGCUUCAACCUGGAGGCUUGCAAGGAGUACAAGCCCCUCAUCCUGUACAAUGCCAUUGACUCACUCACCCGCAUCAUUCGUGCCCUCACCACCCUCAAGAUCGACUUUCACAAUCCUGAUCGCGCCUAUGACGCUGUGCAGCUCUUUGCCCUCACAGGGCCAGCAGAGAGCAAAGGGGAGAUCACUCCAGAGCUGCUGGGGGUCAUGAAACGUCUGUGGGCUGACUCAGGGGUCCAGGAGUGCUUUCAACGAUCCAAUGAGUACCACUUAGAGGACAACACUGCCUACUACCUGAACGACCUGGACCGCAUCUCUGCAGCUGAGUAUAUCCCUACUGUAGAGGACAUCCUGCGAUCCCGCGACAUGACUACUGGCAUUGUGGAGAACAAGUUCACCUUCAAGGAGCUCACCUUUAAGAUGGUAGAUGUGGGUGGACAGCGUUCAGAGAGAAAGAAGUGGAUCCACUGCUUCGAAGGCGUGACUGCAAUCAUUUUCUGUGUCGAGCUAAGUGGCUAUGACCUCAAACUCUACGAGGACAACCAGACGAGCCGCAUGGCCGAGAGCUUGCGCCUGUUCGACUCCAUCUGCAACAACAACUGGUUCACCAACACGUCGCUCAUCCUCUUCCUCAACAAGAAGGACCUGUUGGCUGAGAAGAUCAAACGCAUUCCUCUGACAGUGUGCUUCCCUGACUACAAAGGUCAGAACACCUAUGAGGAGGCCGCUGUCUAUGUGCAACGGCAGUUUGAGGACCUCAACCGCAACAAGGAGACCAAGGAGAUCUAUUCGCACUUCACCUGUGCCACUGACACCAGCAACAUCCAGUUUGUGUUCGACGCUGUCACGGACGUGAUCAUCCAGAACAAUCUCAAGUACAUUGGGCUGUGCUAGGACCUGAGGCUGGGUGGGGGGGUGGGGGGAGGGUGAAGCGGUCGGCCAACCAUCAGGCUGGAUAAACAAAAGGCAUGUCAGUCUGCCUGACAGUUUAUCUUUUUGAGGAGUUGCAAAAGAGAACUGCAAAUGAAAUGAGGUAGAAGGAUGGUCAGAGCUGGAUGAUACUGUAGAUCCAAGCGUUUCAAUCGAAACAACAAAACUGAUGGGCCAUGGUCUAGAUGGGAUUUUUACCCAAUGUGUUUGCACUGAAUAUGAGUAUGCAGAGACACCCAAACACACACAUACACAUGCGCACAUACACACAGACACACACAUCCUUAUGUUUGCUCACACACAAGAUCCUUGGAUCAACAGUCAAGCACUUGUCUGACAAGGCAACACUGGAAAUUUUAGACAGCUACCCCUACCUGCCUGCCAAACCUGAGGUAGCAGGUCUGUACUGGUGGUUUUCGGUUACGCUUGUCUACUUUGUUUUAUUUGCCAGAGUCAAUUAAUGCUGCUUUACAGGAAGAAUUUUGACAGAAUCAAUGCUCUCUUUUCGGAUUUUCACCCUAACAAUGGUAACCAGUGAGUGCACCUGAUGAGCUGUAGGGAGAGCCUGUAUUUCUGAGGAAAAAAAACAAAAAAUGUCAGUAGACAUGAUGUCACAGGGUUUCUGCCUAAAAGAGGAAACUGCCACAGUGUAAAGCUGAAGUGAAAUAUGUUUUCUACACACUAUUUCUGUUUUGCCCCUUGGUCUACUAUCCAAUGUUGUUCUUUUUCCCUCUUUCUUUUAUCUUUUUUGUGCUUUAAAAAAAAAAAAAAAAAGAAUAUGUCUCUCAAACCUGCCUUUUAUAGCAGGUCACUGACUUAUAAUACCCGGAGAAUGUUACGCUCCGCGGAGUCAAAAGUAUUCUUUAUCAUCAUUCCAGUUUCCAGCAAGAGACAACAAAAACAGUGCCAAGAUCAAUUUGUAAAUAAAACCAGAUCCCAUCCGUUACGUUAAUAUUUUGUUUUGUUUUGUUUUUAUGGACAAAUACAUUAAAACAUGCAUGAUUUUGUUACUUUGGGAUACUAAUAUAUUUUCUUUGGGAUUAUGUUCCUCUUUUCUUAGGUUUAAAUAAUAUAUUCCCAAAAAUAUAUAUAAAAGUCAAACACUGUGUACGAUUGUACAGUUGUCAGAGAGGAAUCUAUUGAAAAGAGUUAUAUCAAUAUAAUAACGGUGAUUAUAAUGUUAUGAUGAUGAUGAAAAAGAUGAUGAUGAUGAUGAUGAUGAUGAUGAUAGUGGUGAUGACGACUACAAUGAUGAGAAGGAAAAUCUCACUACAUAGAUGAGCAUGAGAGGAGAAAGUGGAUCAAAGGAGAACAAGACUGUAGAAAAAUAUGAAAACAAUGAAGCAAACCUUGAAAGUUCAAUCUUCCUUGCAUUAUCUAAGUGGAAAUUGUUAAACAGCCAGUCAGUAUGAUGUGUAAAUAUACUGUAAGGUACACUCUUUGUUCAAACAAAUGAAAAUAAAGGUUGAGCUGGGAUACUGUUAGUGAGAUAAAGAGAGAGCGAGAGAAAGAGAGGGAGGUAAAAAGCCCACUCCACUCCUCCUCUUACCCUUUCUUUUCAGUUCAGAGGGUGAUGUGCAAACAACUCAGCAAAGGGCUUCAGGCUUGACUUUAAGGGAUGUCCACCUCAACAAAAGACAAAACAAUUAAAAAAGAAGUAUAAAAAGGACAAUAACUAUGAAUAAAACAACUUAUGCAAAUUUUCA